UUAUUUUCUAGCGUAAAAAUAAUUCGUCAUUUACUGUAAAUAAAUUUCAAAAAACUUGUAAAUCUUGGUAAAUUAAAUUAUUAAAUAGAACAUGUGUAGUGAAUUUAAAAAAUUAAAACAAAAAUCACAAAAGUGUCAAGUGUGGUUUCAUAACCUAAAAAUAGAGGGCCGACAAAUUUGAAAUCAGGAGCAGUUGUUACAUCUAGGUUCAAUUUUUUCGGGGUUGAGAUUUUUUUUUCCUCUAAAAAAUGACUUUUGAUUGAAAAAUAAACGACAAACACGUGUCGAUUGUUAUAAAUCUGCCGGUGUAUUGUGUUUUUAUAAAAGAACGCGUGAAUUAGUAAAGUUUGAGAAUGGCGACAAAGUUGCCGGAAACUAUAAAUUUUCCUCAUGAGGAAGAAGUUGUUUUAAAUUUGUGGAAUAAGUUGGAUGUUUUUCAAAAAUGCCUGCAACAAUCAAAAGGCAAGCCAAGAUAUUCAUUUUAUGAUGGACCACCUUUUGCGACAGGAUUACCUCAUUACGGACAUAUACUAGCGGGAACGAUAAAGGAUAUCGUCACCAGGUACGCACAUCAAAAUGGUUAUCACGUUGAGCGUAGAUUUGGAUGGGACACACAUGGACUUCCGGUUGAAUACGAGAUUGACAAUGCUCUUGGAAUUAAGGGUCCUGACGAUGUGGCGAAAAUGGGAAUAGCAAAUUACAAUAACGAAUGUCGAAAAAUUGUGAUGCGUUAUGCGACCGAGUGGGAAAAAAUUGUCGGUCGCAUUGGUCGUUGGAUAGAUUUUAAGAACGAUUACAAGACCCUUUAUCCAUGGUACAUGGAGACAAUUUGGUGGGUCUUCAAGGAAUUAUUCAACAAGGGUCUCGUUUAUCAGGGCGUGAAGGUCGUUCCAUUUUCCAUCGGCUGCAAUACACCGCUAUCGAAUUUCGAGGCUGGACAAAAUUACAAAGACGUCGUUGAUCCCUCGGUGGUUGUCGCUUUUCCACUCAUUGACGAGCCGAACGUUUCUCUCCUCGCCUGGACAACAACGCCCUGGACCCUGCCGAGUAAUCUCGCUCUUUGCUGCAAUCCCGACUAUGAAUACAUCGAAGUACUCGACUCGGCCUCAGGGAAGAUUUUUAUUAUUCUCGAAUCGAGUUUGGAACUUAUUUACAAGUCGAAGGAUCUUUAUAGUGUGAGGGGGAAGAGAAAGGGGAGUGAUUUGAAGGGAAAGGCUUAUGAACCACCUUUUGACUACUUUGGGGAAUUGAGAAAGAAGGGGGCGUUUGUUGUCUUGAAUGACAAUUACGUGACCGCGGGGUCGGGAACGGGGAUCGUUCACCAAGCGCCUUAUUUCGGGGAGGACGAUUAUAGAUGUUGUUUAGCCGCUGGUAUUAUCACGAAGGAGCAGGAAAUGGUCUGUCCAGUGGAUAAUUGCGGAAAAUUCACGGAUCCGGUUGUGGAGUUCAAAGGGGUUUUCGUCAAAACGGCUGAUAAGGAAAUAAUGAAAUUACUAAAGAGCAAGGGAAAGUUGAUUCACAGUGGUACGACGAGUCACAGUUAUCCGUUCUGUUGGCGAUCGGACACGCCAUUGCUUUACAAGGCUGUUCCCUCUUGGUUUGUACGCGUCACGCAGAUCAAGGACCGCUUAAUGGAGACGUACGCCGAGACUUAUUGGGUGCCCGAUUAUGUGAAGGAGAAAAGAUUCGCGAAUUGGUUAGAAAACGCUAGGGACUGGGCGAUUAGUCGAAAUCGUUACUGGGGAAAUCCGAUUCCUUUGUGGAUAUCCGAGGACGGGAGGGAAGUUGUCUGCAUCGGGAGUAUAGCGGAAUUGGAAGAAUUGUCAGGUGUUAAAAUUACGGAUAUUCAUCGGGAGAGUAUUGAUCAUUUGACGAUACCGUCGAAACGAGCCGGACAACCACCGUUGAGGAGAGUGGCUGAAGUUUUUGACUGUUGGUUCGAGUCUGGAUCAAUGCCCUACGCGCAAAUGCACUUUCCGUUCGAGAAGACGAAGGAGUUUGCCGAGAGUUUCCCUGCCGAUUUCAUAGCUGAGGGGAUUGAUCAAACGAGAGGAUGGUUCUAUACACUAUUGGUGAUUUCGACCGCACUUUUCGGCAAAGCUCCUUUUAAGAAUUUGAUCGCCAAUGGACUUAUUCUAGCCGCCGAUGGUCAGAAGAUGUCGAAACGAAAGAAGAAUUAUCCGGAUCCGAUGGAAAUUGUAAACAAGUACGGCGCGGACGCCCUACGAUUGUACUUGAUAAACUCCCCUGUUGUCCGGGGCGAGAAUUUGAGAUUUAAGGAAGAGGGCGUGAGGGAUGUGAUUAAGGACGUAUUUCUCCCUUGGUAUAACGCUUUCCGUUUUUUGGUCCAGAACAUCGAGAGGUAUGAGCAAGCAGAAGGUGUGACUUUCCAGUAUCAGAGUCUCGAAGAGCAGACGGGCGACAAUAUUAUGGACAAGUGGAUCAUUUCGUUCACUCAGUCUUUGCUCGAAUUUCUGAAACAAGAAAUGAGCGCCUAUAGACUUUUCACAGUCGUUCCUAGACUUAUCAAAUUCAUCGACAAUUUGACCAAUUGGUACGUGCGGAUGAAUAGAAAGCGAAUUAAGGGCGAUACGGGUGCCGAAGAUUGCCGAAGAGCACUAAACACACUCUUCUACAUCGUCUACACGAUGUGUAGGGUAAAUUCCCCCUUUACUCCCUUCCUCACCGAAUUUAUGUUCCAACGACUCCGAAACUUACUCCCCACCUCAAUGACCCUAGACAGUAUUCAUUACGAAAUGGUCCCGAACUCAUCGCCGAAUUUCAUCAACCAGGACAUUGAGAAAGCAGUCGCCUGCAUGCAAACCGUCAUCGACCUGGGACGAAUUGUUCGCGACAGGAAAACCCUCCCAGUAAAGUACCCUCUACCGGAAAUUGUCGUCAUCAAUCAAGAUCGCAGAGUUAUUGACGAUAUCGUCUCCCUCACGCCCUAUAUUCUCGAGGAACUCAACGUGAAAACACUCACCGCCACCACUGACAAGGAAAAGUACGGAGUGACCCUAAAAGCGGAACCUGAUCACAAAAACCUCGGUGCUAGACUCAAGGGCGAAUUCAAAGCAGUCAUGGCGGCAAUCAAGGAACUCUCGAACGAGGAAUUGGAAAAAUUCAUCAAAGAUAAGAAAAUUGAUCUACUGGGUCAUACACUAGAACAGGAGGAUCUUCGACUGAGUUAUAGUUUCUCUGGUCCGGCCGCAGAGCAAUUGGCGAAACAAUACGAGGCUCAUUGCGAGGGUAAUGUUCUGAUUCUCCUCGACGUGACGCCGGACGACACGAUGUUGAACGAAGGCCUAGCGAGGGAGGUGAUCAACCGAGUGCAAAAAUUGAGAAAGAAGGCACAACUCAUCCCCAGUGAUGAGGCAACAGUUUAUUAUGAAAUCAAAGACAAGAGCAGCACUUUGGCUAAAGUUGUCGACACCCAUCAAAAGUUUAUCGAAACAACAACUAAAACACCACAGAAAAAUUAUUCCGAGUUCAACCACGAAUGCGCGAUAAUUCUCCAAGAAAUGCAAAACAUCAAAGGCGUGGAAAUGAAUCUAAUCCUCGUGAAAGCAACCACCGAGUCCAAUUCAACAACAAAUUCAACGAAACCAUUCGUCGAAUUCGUCAACGUUCAUCUCCUGAACUACGAACCACGAUUCGGUGCUAAAAGUAAACAGGGAACGAUUCUCCUCCGGGACUUCAAGACCAAUCAGACAAUCACAUACACCAAAUUCCGUGAGACUGUGGAGAAUAUCUUCGGUAUUCAUGGCUGUAACUAUCAAUUGUUUGCCAAUGGUGAGAAACUUGGGGAAGGGAAAAAUUUCCUCCAAAUACAGGGCGAGAGUGUUUUCAUCGUUCGCGAUGAUGAGGAACCACCUUGUAAAUCACAGAAAUCUUCGGCGAUUUGUAAAUUUGUCAACAUUAGAAACUCUGGUAAGGAGGGGACAAUUUUAUUGGAGAAUCCACAGGGGAGUCAUGUUUUAAAUAUUGAGAGUUUGAAAGAUAGACUUGUUUCGUUAUGUGGAAUGAGUGAUUUUUCACUACCUCGAUGUAAACAAUCAGUGUUUGAAUUACAUGGUACUGUUGUUGAAUUUUGAUAAAUAGAUCUCUCUUAUUGCUCUUGAGUUCAUUACUAUAUAGUUUAAUUAGAAUUCGUUUCUGUUAAUCAGAUAGAUUUUGAAAGAUUAUGAUAGAUUCAUUUUUGAAAAUAUUCGUUAUCUUAUACAUUUAUUUUGAGUCGCACAAAAACAGUCUGUAAAUAAUUCUAAGAGCAUUUUUUUAUUAACUUAUUAAAUUCGUGAGAAAAAUGA